CUAUCACAGUUCACAUCGACACUAACAUUUCACCGCACACACUCUCCAUCAUCAUCAUCAUCACCACUUGACAAUUUUUGACUGGUUUUGAAGAUAGAUAAACCCCCAAAGCAUAGCCAUGUGAUUCUAUCUCAGCUCAAUUUCAAUGCAUGAGCUGAAAUUGGAAGCUGCAACCAUAAGCAAUUCCUCAUAAUUUAUGCACAUUCAUCGCCCUCUGCUCAUCUCAUUAUACCAUUUACAUUCCCCAAGUUGCUGCAACUUACAAACUUGUCAAAACUCAAAAUUCCCCAAAAUGCGUUAUUGUUGGGGUCACUAGAUUUUCUUUCUUUUUUUCUUUUCCAUUUUGUUGGUACUCAAUAAAGUCGAUGCCUUUCAAGGCCGUCCAUACUAUUUCUCAAUCUUGAAAGAGAGAGAUCCAGACACUUCAACCAAUUGGGGUGUUAAGAACCGCAAAAUUCAAUUCUGGGUUAGCUUCAGCAAUCUUCAAUAAAGUGCGACUAAUUCACUAUAAAUUUUUGGCCUUUCCGAACAAAGGGCCAAAAGGGUACUCGAGAAUCCCAACAAUUCGUUAAAUUUCUUCGGUUUAACCCACCCCUCAGAUAAUGGUCUCAGGAAAUGGCGUGUGUUUCCCUAUUCUGGGUUUUGCAUCCUUUUUGCUUUUCUUUUAUAUGUCUUUCGGAAGCUUAAGGUUCAGCUUUCUAUUUGAGGAAGAUGGAAAACCGUUGUCGUUUGUGGAGAGGAACGGGACGCAGUUCGUGUUGGAUGGAAAAGCCUUAUAUGUGAAUGGUUGGAACUCUUACUGGUUAAUGGGGCAAUCAGUGGAAGUGUAUAAUAGGCCAAAGGUGCGUGAAAUGCUGCAAAAUGGUGCAAAGAUGGGUUUCACAGUUUGUAGAACUUGGGCGUUCAAUGAUGGUGACUACAAUGCCCUUCAAAUUUCACCUGGCCAUUUUGAUGAGCAAACAUUCAAGGCCUUGGAUUAUGUCAUAGCAGAAGCGAGGCAAAAUGGAAUUAGGCUGCUUCUUAGCUUGGUGAAUAACUUGCAAGCUUAUGGUGGGAAGACUCAGUAUGUAAAAUGGGCAUGGGAAGAAGGGGUAGGGCUAAGCUCAUCUAACGAUUCUUUCUUCUUCGAUCCGUCAAUCCGUAGUUACUUCAAGAAUUAUGUCAAGACUGUUUUGACAAGGAAAAAUACUAUCACCAAAAUUGAAUAUCGAAAUGACCCCACCAUUUUUGGGUGGGAAUUGAUUAAUGAACCCCGUUGCAUGUAUGAUCCUUCUGGUGACACUCUCCAAGAGUGGCUUGAAGAAAUGUCAAGUUUUGUCAAAUCAAUUGACAAGAACCAUUUGCUGACUAUCGGUCAUGAAGGUUUUUAUGGUCCUAAUGACCUGAAAGACUCAACUGUUAACCCCGAGUAUUGGGCAUCCCGACUUGGAAUUGAUUUCAUCCGGAACUCCAACAUCUCGAAUAUUGAUUUCACCUCUGUCCAUAUCUAUGCUGACCAUUGGUUUCAUGAUCAAUCAUUUGAAGACCAACUGAAAUUUGUUUCCAAGUGGAUGCUUUCCCACAUUGAAGAUGGUGACAAUGUACUGAAUAAACCCGUCGUGUUCUCCGAAUAUGGAUAUUCAGAAUUCAACAAGAACUUUUCAUUUUCAGACAGAGAAAAGAUGUAUAGAAGAAUUACAGACAUAAUCUACAAAUCUGCUAAGAAGAACAAGUCAGGAGCAGGUGCUUUGGUUUGGCAAUACUUAGUUGGGGGAAUGAAUGAGUUUUCUGAUGAAUAUGGUAUGGUCCCAUGGGAAAGUUCAUCAACCCACUCACUCUUUAUUGAGCAAUCAUGCAGAUUGGCCAAACUCAAACAAUUGCCCCAACAGUAUCCAAGUUUCAAAGACCUUUGUUAACAAAAAAAUGGAGGUAAUUUGUAUAGCAAGUUUUCAUCAUAAGACAUGGAUCCUUGGGGCUGCUUCAUGAGAGGGUUCAUCGCCAAAAUUACACCGUAUUGAUUUGAUUCGUUGAGUAUAAAUUACAGUUUGAUAGCAUAGACUAGAGACUAUUAUAAAACAUGGCAUUGUUUCAGAUUGUUUUAUACUGUUCUAAACAAAAUGUACAAGUCAAGAAUCUUAAUAAAUAUGAUGCAAAUUUUUGUGCUAGAA